ACAAAAUAGAAAAUUUUAUUCUUAAACUUGUAAUCUGAAGUUACACCCUUUGUUAUUAAAAUGGGUUCAACUUUGUCUGGUUACGCUCAUUCCCCUGGUGCUUCUGGUAAGAAAGGAAGGAAAAGAGCACUCAAUGAAGACGAGAGUGAUGACGAAAGUGAGGCAAAUCAAGUUCUGCACACUCCGCAACGGAAAAAGAUGAAGUCAACCUCCAAGUACAUCUACAAUGCAUUGUUUGUGAAUGGAGAGAACUCUGAUAUUACAAUACAUGCUCUCGGGAAGGAUUGGCCCCUGCACAAGAUAUAUCUGUGUCAGUCAAGUUACUUUGCGAGUAUGUUCAGUGGGUCCUGGCGAGAAUCUAAACUCACAGAGAUAGACAUUGAUGUACCAGAUACUAACAUUGAUAUAGAAGCUUUACAGAUAGCCCUUGGUUCACUCUACAGAGAUGACGUGCUCUUAGAACCGGUCAAAGUAGUUUCUGUUCUUGCCGCUGCUUCGCUACUUCAAUUAGAAGGUCUGAUCCAACAGUGCGCUGACAUUAUGACUGAAACAAUAAGUCCCAAGACAGUAUGCAGCUACCACUCGGCAGCAACAUCUUAUGGCUUACAACAAGUUGCUAAGAGUUGCUUUGAGUGGCUGGAGCUGAAUCUGAUGGUUGCACAGAAACCAACAUUACUUAGGGAAUUGAGCUGUGAAUUAUUUGAGAAAGUAAUUCAAUCUCCAAACCUCUUUGUGCUACAAGUUGAGAUGGAUGUCUAUUCUAUGGUAAAAAAGUAUGUGUUUUUAAAGCUCACACCAUCCUGGCAAGGCGAUACAAAGAUGCUUGGAAGAGAAGCUGAUAAAUUCUUCAGGAGAUAUGAUGCGGGUGCUUUUCUAAAGUCUGAUUUGGGGGCGCCGUACGCACGUCUCUUUGCGGUGUUGAGGUUAGGAAGCAUCAUCAAUGAGCCGAGUUCUUGUAGACAUGUUGAAGACGAUAAAAUUAUUAUGCAAGAUUUUCUUCUACCAGUGUAUAGGCAACAAUGGCAGCACAUGUUGGCAGUGGAGCACGGCCAGGACUUGGGGCCUAAGGAAGAGACGGUAUCCACAGAUCAGUUCGAUCAGCUCAGUAUGAGGUGUGGAAGAAUUAUAAAAAAAGAUGCAGAGUAUUGUUGGAGAUGGACGGGGUUUAACUUUGGAGUCGACCUUCUUGUUACAUUUACAAAUAGGUUGAUUAUUCUGAGACGGAAUACGGGUACCCAUCCUGUUACAGCCAGUGUCAGUCUACAGAAUAGUAGGAAUAUCAUGUUUAGAAUAAGAGUGAUAUCUUAUGACAGUCAGGGUCAGAUCUUGUACCAAAAGCUGAGCGAUCUCACUCCAUUAUCAUUACACAAAGAUGAGGAGAUUGUGGUAUUGAACAUUGACAGACACGCCCCUUUCCCAAUGCAAAUAGGGGUGAAUGUGAUGUGUGUGACUCCGCCCCAACCGGUCGUGGAGACGGCAGAGAGUUUAACACUUCAGCCACCAACCCCGAGGCAACAGCAACUCUCGGGCCAAGAUGAAUGAGUCCCAGGACUCCAUGUCUUAAGAAUCAGCUAGACUUCUGUGAACUUACCUGAGCCGAUAUCUGGAGAAGAUAAUGGACCUGUAGAAUCUUCUGCAUCAGUCGGGUUGAUGGGAAGGUACCAUAGCAGUAAUCAAGCCAAGGUAUUAACCAGCGUUCAGUUGUGGACUCCAGGUGUAACACCUCAUAAAACGAAAAGUGAUUUGCACUGGCUUGUUAUAAGCUACUGAGUUCCUUGCAUCUGAUUGGCUCAGAGCAAAUUUGUUGGUGAAAGUCACUGACAAGAUGCUCCAUGAAACAGUCCCUGAGUGUAGCAAUUAAACUAAUGUGGAUCAAGAAGUUGAGUAGGCUCUAAUUCUAUUUUAGACGUCUAGCAUUUGAAUCUUAU